GUCCAAUACAAGUCUUUGGGGAAUUGGAUGUUGGAACAGGGGAGGGGGGACGAGGGAGACAGGCAUUCAGGUCCGAGCUAGAGAGAGAGACCCAUAACCAAUGCCAAGAACAAGAAAUCAGAGAGGCCAGUCACAAAUCCAAUCCGAAUCCCCUCCAAAACCCCACCAAAGAGCCUCCUCGAUCUCCAAGAACUAGAACUAGAGAGCAUCCUAGGGAGAGAGAAAAGAGAGAAUAAAGAAGCCCAGAAGGACCAAGAAAAGUUUUUGUUUUUCUUUAACUGUUACCAGUCUCGAGUUGUUGAGAAGUUUCAAGAAGAGUGGUGGAAGGAUUGAAGAGCUCGGAGAAGGAAGGAGAUGGAUCCGGCGUUGCUAGACGACGUCAUACGGCGGCUGCUGGAGGUCAAGAAUCUGAAGCCGGGGAAGAACGCGCAGCUGUCGGAGUCGGAGAUUAAGCAGCUCUGCGCCGCGGCCAAGGAGAUCUUCCUGCAGCAGCCCAACCUCCUGGAGCUCGAGGCCCCCAUCAAAAUCUGUGGUGAUGUCCAUGGCCAGUAUUCUGAUCUCCUGAGGCUGUUCGAUUAUGGUGGAUACCCGCCUCAGGCCAACUACCUUUUCCUGGGUGAUUAUGUGGACCGUGGAAAGCAAAGCCUGGAAACAAUAUGCCUUCUUUUGGCUUACAAGGUCAAGUACCCAGAAAACUUCUUUCUUCUAAGGGGCAACCAUGAAUGUGCAUCAGUAAACCGCAUCUAUGGUUUCUAUGAUGAGUGCAAGCGCAGAUUCAGUGUAAAAAUAUGGAAAACUUUCACAGACUGUUUUAACUGCUUACCAGUGGCAGCAUUGAUAGAUGAAAAGAUUCUCUGUAUGCAUGGUGGCCUUUCUCCGGAGUUGAACAAGCUGGAUCAAAUACUCAACCUCAAUCGGCCCACAGACGUGCCUGACACUGGAUUGCUCUGUGAUCUUCUUUGGUCUGAUCCUUCCAAUGAAGCACAAGGCUGGGCCAUGAAUGAUCGAGGUGUUUCAUAUACAUUUGGUCCUGAUAAAGUAACUGAAUUCCUUGAGAAGCAUGAUUUGGACCUCAUCUGCCGAGCCCAUCAGGUUGUCGAAGAUGGAUAUGAGUUUUUCGCUGACCGCCAACUUGUAACAAUAUUCUCAGCCCCUAACUACUGUGGAGAAUUCGAUAACGCUGGUGCCAUGAUGAGUGUAGAUGAGACGUUGAUGUGCUCCUUCCAAAUACUGAAGCCUGCGAGGAAGAUGUUGGCUGGUUCAACUAAUACCAAAUCUGGCUUCAAGCCCUUGAGAGGAUGGUGACAAUGGCCUGAUGGUGAGCAAGCUGCGAUCACAACUGGGUCAUAUCUUCACCGGCUGCAACUAACUGGCAUUUUCGCUGAUAUCUUUGGGCCUGAAACAGCGAAGCAGAUGUGUACAACUCUCCUCUCUACGGAACCGUACAUCUUCCAUGUUGAAUUGACACUCUUGUAAUGUAUUAUUGGUUUUUAUUGUGCGGAUCUCCUAUCAUAUGGGAGGAUGUGAAUGAAGACUUUUGACACCUUUCCGUCCUAAAUUCGAAAGAUUCAGGCAGGCAUAUGCCAAUGAAA